ACAAAAUCCUCACGUUAUAGCUGCUGCAGAGGACCAUUCUCCCCCACCAAGAAUCGGGCGAGAGACCGGUCUUUGUUAGCACUUCCUGGUAUUCAAGGCGGAGUCUCCUCCCUCCCUCCCACCCACUGGCUUGACUAAACAGUUUGCCUUUUAUUCCCAAUCUCCUCGCCCCUGCGGAUUUUUAAUAUAUAUUUGAGGAGGUAACAUUUGCAAAGAGGUCUUUCCUGCCCCGGCGGCUCGGCCCUGUGAAAUGCUGGAGGAAGAGGAAGAGUACGACUCCACUUGGGCGGAGAGCGAAGAGGAGUCGGGGCCGCCGCCAUCGCCGGCGAGGCUUCGGGAGCCCCAAGAGAAGGGCGGCUCGGCACUGGAGACAGUGAUUUAUUUUCUGCAAUGGUUGUGGGCCCAAAUCCUCGCCAUUUUUUCAUAUCGGUCCCAGGAGGACCAAGAGAAGACAAGAUCAAAUUUGAGGCUGAGAUACCCGGAUUAUGACAAGCCACGCCGGCGAAGUAAGAGGGCAGCGAUGGACCUCCAGAGAUAUCGGCAUCAUUACCCCGAUCUGAAAGAUAACACAGAACACAGCAGCAAUGUCAACUUGAUGUUCUACCUGGGCAAAGCAUGCUCCCAGCCCAAUGGUUGUAAAAUAACGGAGAUGUUAAAGUGGAAGGGGAAAUAUGAUCAUCUGGAGAGGAACCAUUCGUACAUCCAGUGGCUGUUUCCUUUGCGAGAACCUGGAAUGAAUUGGUGGGCCAAAGAACUCACUGUUCAAGAAAUCAAGUCAUUUGAGCAAACAAUUAUCGCAAAGACAAGGCUGGUCGAAGCAUACAAGAUGAUGCUGGAUUUCUACGGCAUUAUGCUGGUGAAUGAAGAGACGGGAGAAGUGAAACGAGCCCCUCACUGGGAACAGCGGUUCCACAACCUCAAUCAACACUCGCACAAUAAUCUGCGCAUUACAAGGAUACUGAAGUGCCUAGGAGAGUUGGGCUUCGGGCACUAUCAGGAACCCCUGGUCAAGUUCUUUCUUGUCGAGACCCUGAUCCACAAGCGUUUACCUCAGGUUAAGGACAGUGUACUGGACUACUUUCUUUUCACAAUUAGAAAUAAAGCGCAGAGAAGAAAGCUAAUACUUUUUGCUCAGCAGCAUUACCAGCCUCUUUCUGAUUUUGUCUGGGGACCUCCCAAAGGAACUGAGGACAGAUUCAGGUACAUCCAAGAAGAAUUGAAGAAGGAAGUGUUUGAACACCAGAUCGAGGAAGGUUCAGGUGAAGACAUAUCAACCAAAAUUGGCGACGCACCAUCAGAGGCAGGCAGAGAGGAGGCUCUGAAAAAGGGAGAGAGUUGUCCAGAUUCAAGUGCAGACAGUGGGAACUUUAUGAAGGACACUGAACAAAGAUCGGAAGAUCUUGUGAAGGCUCGAAGUGAUGUAGACUCCAGUCAGGAGCAGUGCAGUGCUGAAGAAAAGGCAAGCUCCAACAGAAAACCUCCAGUUUCUGAAAGCACUGAAGAGCAAACUGAAGAUCAGGAGGAAGCUAUCGCUGAAGACGAUAAACCUACUGCAAUAUCCAAGGACUGUAAAAACAGGCUCGGGCAGAAAAGUGAAGAUACCUCGGGAUUGUCAGUAACCCCAGUUGUGGCUAGUGAAAGCAAUGGUGAACAAAUAAAGAAAUUAAAAGGUAAUUCAUUGCCUUCAGAUGAACACAACCUGGUGACCGUGGGAGAGAAAACUACAAUAGAAGGCCUCGGUGGAAAAAAUGCAACAGGACUGGAGGCUGGAACUGAUAGGAUAGAACCUGAUGUUACUGAACACAACAGGCCUGUCACUGAAAGGAACCAAACAGGGAUCGGAGCUCAGAUGGGUGAGAGAGCUGUGCUGACUCCGAGCACCUCAGGAGAGGAAAGACCCACAAAAGAAGAUGCAGAGAGGAAGAAUGAAACAGUGGACCAGACUGCAUGCACUGAGUCAGUGGGGAAUGAUACACUCACUCAAAAUGUCAUUGAAACUGACAUCCAGAGUCCAGCUAAAGAUGAAAUCAAUUAUGUGGAAGAGAUGGAGACUCAAGAGGCAAGUUCUACAGAUGAUUUUCAGGAGGAGAAAGAUACUGCAAUGGAAGAAAAUUAGAGGACCCAGAGGAAAAGAUGAUUAGAAAUGUCUGGGAGAAAGGCAAGUAGAUUUUGGCUUUGUCAAGCUGUGAAGUUUUACUGAGGAGCAGAAAAUUAGCAACAUCAUGCCAAUGGUAUAAAACUCCAGUGUUCAGGAUUGGGAGUGUCAAUUUGUUUGUUAUCCCAUUGUCCUUCGAAUGCAAGAGAUUGAAUUUGGAAUUUACUGUCUUUGAUUUUCUUAACAACUUUGAUUGUAGUGCAAGUUGAAUAAUAAACAUUUUAUACCACAUUCUAACUAGGUCUUCUCUGUAACUUUGCUGUUGUAUAGCACCUGAAAGUGGUGUCUAUAUAAACUGAUGUGGUCACAAAUGAUUUUUCAUGACCAGAUAGUAUUGUGGAUAACAACUGGCCUUUAUAAAGCACUUAUCAAUAUAAUAAAAUGCCCAAAUGAACUCCAUUCGAAUGUCAUCAGAGAGAGAAAAAAAACAUGAAACAACUAUAUAAGAGUUUCAAAUGAGUGUUUUUGACUAUAAAGGUCAAGAAGUCAUGCUGAAAUUGUGUAAAACAUCGGUUAGUUGAAAGCAGUACACACACAAUGCUGGAGGAACUCAGCAGGUCAGGCAGCAUCCAUGGAAAUGAAAAAGUAGUCGAUGAUUUGGGCUGAGGCCCUUCUUCAGGACUGAGAAGGAAGAGGGAAGAUGCCAGAAUAAAAAAGGUGGGGGGAGGGGAAGGAGGAUAGUUAGAAGGUGAUAGGUGAAGCCAUUUUGUGGGAAAGGUAAAGGGCUGGUCUGUUAGGAGAGGAGAGUGGACCAUAGGAGAAAAGGAAGGAGGAGGAGACCCAGGGGCAGGUGAGAAGAGGCCAGAAUUGGGAAUAGAAGAAGAGGGGCGGGUGAGGCAAAAAUUUUACCUGAAGGAGAAAUUGAUAUCUGUGACAUCAGGUUGGAGUCUAUUUAGAAGUUGCUCCUGCACCCUGAGGGUGGCCUCAUCUUGGCACAAGAGAAGACAAUGGACUGGCAAGCUGAAACAGGAAUGGGAAUCUGAAUCAGAACUUUGUUAGUCUACAUCUGGAGUAAUUAUAAGAGUAAGGGAUUCUGCAAAUAAUGGAAAUCUCGAGCAGCGCGCACACACAUAAAAUGCUGGAGGAACUCGGCAAGUCAGGCAGCAUCUAUGAAGGGGAAAAAAAAGUGUCUGAUGGCAGAGUCCUCCAUGGAUGCUGCCUGACCUGCUGAGCUCUUCUAGCAUUUUGUGUGUUGCUGGAGUUUUGUGAGCAGUUCUGGUCACCCAUUACAAGAGAAAGUGUCGGCUUUGGAGAGGGUACAGAAGUUGUUCAUUAGAAUGCUACCAAGAUUGUAGAAUAUUAGCUAUAAGGAGAGGAUGGACAAAUUUCGGUUGUUUUUUCAGUGGCUGAGGGGAGAGCUGAUAGAAGUUACAAGAAGGAUAUAUAUGCAACAGUGGUCACAUCCCAGCAGACCACUUGAACAGGUGGCGAAACCAGGUGAGGGUAGCCAGCGUCUUCACAUGCCUGCCCUAGCAUACAGAGUCAGCUCCAGCGUUCUGGGUAGAGAUCUACAGUGAGGUCAAGGGCUGGAAGGAAGUCACUGCAACGCUCCAUGGAGAGCGAAGGGCAUGACAAGGCACAGAGGAUGACAUGGUCAUCCUCUGCAACCAGGGGAGACCCCAGUUUGAGACACUUGUUCGUAGCACUGGGCCCGGACUUCUGAGGUUGAGGGAGUGUAACUCCCCAGCACAGGCUUCCUGCCACCGUCAGACAUGAUGGGCAACCACGACAGGAAGGUGCCUAGAAAGUGUUACUAAGGGAGGCAGUGGAGGAGAGGCAGGGAUGUUUAGGAGGCAUUUUAUACAGACACAUGAAAAGGCAGGUAUAGAGUAGGGGUUCUUAACCUGGAGUCAGUGAUAGAUUCCAGGGAGUCCAUAAAUUUGGAUGGGAAAAAUUAACAUCUUUAUUUUCACUGACCUUUAACUGAAAUUUAGAAUUUCCUUCAAUUAUGAAUGUAGGCAACAAACUACAGUAGGAUUAGCAGUAGCUGUACUUUGUCACCAAAAUCACAGAUAUUUUCAUUAUCACAUUACAGUUGUUACAAAUAUCUCAAAAUGUCAUUCACUGCACACUCAUCACUACUUGUUAUUUACCAUGUUA